AAUCAAGUGAUAUUAGUAAAGACUCUAGUGUUAAUACACAAGAAGGUUCUAGCAAUAAUACAGAAGAAGGUUUUAGCAAUAAUACAGAAGAAAGUUUUAGUAAUAAUAUGAAUGAAAAUUUGAAUAUUGAUACAAAUAAACGUUUAAAUACUUAUAUAGUGGAAGAAAUCAAUUUAAUCAGCGAUGAUGAUAGUCAAGUUAAUAGAAAUGAACAUGGACAUACUAGUGAAAGCGAAAAUAGUCAUGUUAAUGAAGACGAAUAUAACGAAGAUAAAGAUAAUUAUACUAGUGAAAAUGGUAGUUAUUUUAUUAGCGAUGAUGAGGAUAGUUAUUACAACAUAGGAGAAACUGACUAUGUUAAUGAAUGG